AUGACUCUUCUGCUUCGAUCCUUCCCUCUUGUCACUCCCCGCACCACCAGACCCUCCUCUCUUCCUCUCCUCCAAACUCUUCUCAAAUAUCACUUCCCUAACUCACUUCCGGCAGAACACACAAGAACCAUUGUCACUCUUUCUGCUUCUUCUUCUUCUUCCUCUUCCUCUUCUUCCCCUGAAACCAUUCUCAAGCCACCACAACAGCAACAACCAAACCACACCCUCCACUGGGUCUCUCGUACCAAUUUUUGCGGUCAAUUAUCCACCAAUGAUGUUGGCACACGUGUUCGUCUCUGUGGGUGGGUUGCUCUUCAUAGAGUCCAUGGUGGUCUGACCUUUUUCAAUCUCAGAGACCACACUGGCAUUGUCCAGGUUGCGACCUUGCCUGAUGAAUUUCCUGAUGCGCAUGCAAUUAUAAAUGAUUUGAGAGUGGAGUAUGUGGUUGUUGUUGAAGGUUUUGUUCGGUCUCGACCCAAGGAGUCUAUUAAUAAGAAAAUGAUAACUGGUUCUAUUGAGGUUGUUGCGGAGCGUGUUCAAUUGUUAAAUGCAGUGAAAACAAAGUUACCAUUUUUAGUUACUACAGCAGAUGAUGCUAAGGAUUCUGUUAAGGAGGAGAUUCGUUUGAGAUAUCGAUGCCUUGACUUACGUCGGCAGCAAAUGAGUUCUAACAUUAUGUUGAGGCAUAGAGUGGUGAAACUCAUUAGAAGAUAUCUAGAGGAUGUGCAGGGUUUUGUGGAGAUAUUUAUAUUUGUAUGUCAUUUUGAUCCUGACCUUUUUCGUGGUUGUAAGGUUAGAUUGAAACCCCCAUACUUUCUAGAUCUACUCCAGAAGGUGCCCGGGAUUAUUUGGUGCCCUCAAGAAUUCAGCGAACAAUCUCUGAAGUAUACAACAGUUACAUCUCAAUUUCUGGAGAGAUUUACUCAGCUCAAUGUCAAUUUCAAAAUUGUCAACUGCACAAUGUAUACUGGUUUAAAUGUUGGAUAUGGGAUAAUCCUGGUGUGCAUGGCCCUGAUUCACUUUAAUGUCCUUUUGAAGCCAGGAACUUUCUAUGCUUUACCCCAGAGUCCACAACUCUUUAAGCAAAUGUUAAUGGUAUCCGGUUUUGACAAAUAUUAUCAAAUUGCAAGAUGCUUUAGAGAUGAAGAUCUAAGGGCUGAUAGACAACCUGAGUUCACCCAGCUAGAUAUGGAAUUGGCAUUUACUCCCUUGGAGGAUAUGCUGAGGCUCAAUGAAGAUCUAAUACGAAAGGUUGGUUUUUUGGAGAUUAUAGGUGUCCAGCUACCAAACCCAUUCCCUAGGCUUACAUAUGCUGAAGCAAUGAGUAGAUAUGGUUCGGACAGGCCAGACACAAGAUUUGAAAUGCAUUUGAAAGAUGUAUCUGAUAUUUUUGCAGAGUCCUCUUUCAGGGUUUUUGCUGAUAGCUUGAAAAGUGGGGGUAUUAUUAAAGUACUGUGUGUGCAUUCGGGUGCUAAAAGUUAUUCAAACACUGCUCUGAAGAAAGGUGAUAUAUACAAUGAAGCAAUCAAAUCCGGAGCCAAGGGUUUGCCCUUCCUAAAGGUUUUGGAUGAUGGUAAAGGAAGAUGUUUCCUUUCCGCGCUUAACCUAAAGAUGAAUGAAUGA